AUGAGCAAAGAAAUACAAAAUAAUUAAACAAAUAAUUCAAUCAAAUUACUUUAGCUUUAUUUAAAGGAUCAAAAGUAGGCUUUAAAACUUGGCUUUAAUUCUACUAAAAUACAACUUUAUUUAGAAUAAAAGAAUUAUGGCUAGGCUUGCUUAAAAAAUUUUUAAAUUGCUUUGGUGCAGUUUUAGGAUCUUAAAAAUCUCACACUCGAAAUGAUUAAUUGCAAGAUUUAAGGAUAGCAUAUGGAAUAAUUCAUCAGUUCGCUUCAUAGUUGCCCUAAUAUAAAAUAUCUUCAUUUAAAUUUCAAGUGGGUUAAUAUUAAAAAAAUUGAUUUUACAAUAAUGAGAAUUUACUCUUUAUAAAUAGACUUAGUUAUCUACAAUAGAAGAAUAUCUUUUCUAAUAUUCACAAAAUGUAAAAUUUAACAUCCUUAAAGCUAAAUUUGA